AUGAGCAACUUCUCAGCGACACUCUCAUUGCGAUGCAGCGGUGACCCCAUUGAACGUCAUUCAGCAAUCAGGCCACAGGCCUGCGAUGCUCUUGUUGCUGAGCAUUCAUGCAACGGCCAUUUUAACAACCUUACUUCAUGCAUACAAGAAGCACGAUUUCUCAUUCGCAUUCUCUGCGACGCGGCCCUCGAUCGUCAAUCGCUCGAAGCUCGCCAGAAGCUGCUCUAUUGCAACGAGCAUCACCGCUCGAAGGGCAAUACAGCAGACGAGCGACGACGAAGCAUAUCCCCAGCCUUCAUCGAGUAA